AUGAAUGCACGCCGUAUGUAUGCUUCUUGUGUUGACGAAGAUGGUAUUGAAGCUGAGGGUAUUGAUACGAUACUCUCGUUUGUCAAUACAGAACUUGGUGGUUGGCCUAUUUUGCAAGGUUCUACAUGGAACAAUGCAACAUUUAACUUUUCUCGUAUAUUACUUAAAUUAAAUGAAUAUUGGAGCAGUGUACUCUACAAUAUAGGCACACAAAUAGAUUCGAAGAACUCAUCGUUUCAAGGCAUUCGAUUUGACUUUCUCGGCUAUCUUCGUGAAUUUUAUCUCUUGGCAAAUAUCACUCUUCUCGAUACAGAUAUUGUUACUGUGAGUGAACUAGAAUAUUUACGUAAUGUUUCAUUGAUUAUUAAUCAACAAUCUUCACGUACUCUACAAAACUAUAUGGUCUGGCGUUUCAUGAUGAGUCAAGCAUCGAAUAUGCCCAAGCAUUUUCGAACUAUUAGACAACAGUUUGAUAAAGUCUUUCAAGGUAUAAAUACUGAACCAUCACGUGCCAUUGUAUGUGGAGAAUAUGUGAAUAACAUUAUGGGUUUUGCUGUUGCUAAACUCUAUAUAAAUGAAUAUUUCGACCAAAAUGCACGCAAUCAGCAUAAUUUCAAUUCAUCUUUUAUGAGAAACUUCUUGCUCAUGCUUCAUAUAACUACAAAACGUAAUCUUCGAUCUCUCCGUCAACCAAUCGACCGCACGACAUGGGAAUUUCCGCCAGUUAUUGUCAAUGCCUUUUAUAAUCCUUCACUUAAUGAUAUUUGUUUUCCAGCUGGAAUCCUUCAACUACCGUUCUUUCAUAAAGAUGUACCUAAGUAUCUCAAUUAUGGUGGUGAGUAUUGA